UAGAAGACACCCGGCUGGAAGCAAACUGGCUUCGAACAGUUAAACCGAAAACUCCGUUAAUAUAGGUUCACGAUGUCCAACUCAUUGUCAGAGCUCGUUCUCUCGAUAAUUGCUGUUCUGUUUUACGGCAUCGCCUUCGCGAAUUCCGAGAGUGCGGACAUAUCGGAGUAUCCCUAUCACGUUUCCGUCGAGUACAAUAACUCUCACAGUUGUAGCGGCGCUUUGAUAACCGAACUCUGGGUGGUGACAGUGGCUUCUUGUGUGCACCGAAAUGGCGCGACGAAUCUCACCGUCAGAUUUGCAACGACGAUUGCGUCAACUGGUGGAGAACAGUUGGAAGUCAGAUCCGUCAUCGUUCACCCGGACUUCGAUUCGAUCUCUUACGACUACGAUAUCGCCUUGUUGAAGCUGCGUGUCCCGCUGCAAUUCGGCGAUGGUAAGCUGCCGAUCGUGCUGCCUUCUUCGGAAUAUGAAAUCGCCGAUGAAACAGCCGCCAACGUAACGGGCUGGAUCAUGGACACGCAAGGUAAUCCAGCAUCCCAGUUGACCGUGAUUUCGACUCCAACGGUCAACCAAACGAUCUGCAAAUCCAGCCUACCUGCUUUCAAGGAUCUUCUGGAUUCGAUGCUUUGCGCUGGACACAUGAACGCAGACGCGGAGGUUUGUCAGGGAGACUUGGGAGCGCCGCUGGUGUACGAGGAGAUUUUAGUCGGAAUUUUGUCAUACGGAUUGGGUUGCACAGUUCCAACAUUUCCGGCAGUCUACACGAGGAUCGACAGUUUUGUCACAUGGAUCUUUGACCACACGGGGACUAUAAUUUAUUGAAUUGAGUGAGGGUGUCUUCCGGUGAAUGUCGAAAAUUACGGCAUGUAGCUGCGGUGAAAAUAAAUAUGUUUUUUCUUUCCUGCUGAAAUCGUCAAGCCGGUGUAAACAAUGUUACUUCGCAAACCGUACCCAAUGAAUUGAGGGAUCAGAACAACGCAGAAAGAGCCCACCUAAACAAGCUUUUUACCCUAUUUGAAUUGAUAGCAAAAUUCAUGAAAUCUGUUCGGGGAUUUUCGGUGCGUAGGAUUUACAUAAAUUAUAGUUAAACCGGAUCACAGGGAUCCGAAUUCACCGCUGCACGCGAACAUGCAGGAAUGCAUAGCGCGCCGUGCAGCGAUGCAGGAAGCGCAACGAUUUCCACAAUUACAGGGCUCAUAAUUUCGCGGACUAAUUCAUAUUCAUUACGACCCGGCAUUGGAAUGAACUAAUAAUCAAUUAUUUCGUGUAUCGUUGAUCACUCGGCUAGCAAUAACUUACACACGCCUACCCGUCAGAUCCGCCUUUAAUUCAAUUAUACACCAACUAAUACCUUGUUCUGAUUCACAGUCAAUUAGUGCCGCGUUACGCUAAUUGCAGAAAAUGCACAGAGCGUGCAGAGUCUGCAUAUACCUCAUACAUAAACAAUCCCUUGUCACUGCUGGACAAACUUACCAGUUAAUUAAUUAAUCAAAUCAGCUGCGUAAGUGGUUGAAAAAUUACUUA